AUGACACUAAUCAUACACACGUCCCUCCUCCUAACAUUUCUCAUCCUACUUCACCCCCUACUUACCACACUCAACCCAAACCAACUAAACUCCAACAUGGCAGAAACCACUAAAACUGCCAUCAGCUCCGCAUUCUUCAUCAGUCUCCUACCACUUAUAAUUUUCUUAGCCCAAGGAACAGAAAGCAUCGUAACAAACUGACAAUGAAUAAACACCCAAACAUUUGACGUAAAUAUCAGCUUUAAAUUCGACCAUUACUCCCUAAUCUUUAUCCCAAUCGCCUUAUAUGUCACCUGAUCGAUCCUUGAAUUCUCACUAUGGUAUAUACACUCCGACCCCAACAUCAACCGAUUCUUUAAGUACUUACUCGUAUUUCUAGUAGCCAUAAUUAUUUUAGUCUCAGCUAACAACAUCUUCCAACUAUUUAUUGGUUGAGAAGGAGUGGGAAUCAUAUCAUUCCUGCUCAUCGGAUGAUGAUACGGACGAGCAGAUGCUAAUACAGCAGCCCUCCAAGCCGUUAUCUACAACCGAGUAGGAGACAUCGGAUUAAUUAUAACCAUAGCUUGACUUGCAAUAAACAUUAACUCCUGAGAAAUCCAACAAAUCCUAACACUAUCAAAAGAUUUUAAUAUAACACUUCCCCUAAUCGGCCUAAUCCUGGCAGCAACAGGAAAAUCUGCCCAGUUCGGCCUCCAUCCCUGACUCCCAGCCGCCAUAGAGGGCCCUACCCCAGUGUCUGCCCUACUACACUCCAGCACCAUAGUCGUUGCAGGAGUGUUCCUUCUGAUCCGAUUCCACCCCCUCAUAGAAAACAAUCAACUAGCCCUGACAAUUUGUCUAUGCCUUGGAGCAUUAACCUCACUAUUCGCAGCCACAUGCGCCCUCACCCAAAACGACAUCAAGAAAAUUGUAGCUUUUUCAACAUCAAGCCAACUAGGCCUAAUGAUGGUCGCAAUCGGACUAAACCAACCCCAACUAGCAUUCCUACACAUCUGUACCCACGCCUUCUUCAAAGCCAUAUUAUUCCUGUGCUCAGGAUCAAUUAUUCACAGCCUAAACGACGAACAAGACAUCCGAAAAAUAGGGGGCCUACUUAAUACUAUGCCCGCCACCUCUACUUACUUUACAAUCGGCAGCCUGGCCCUCACAGGAACCCCCUUUCUAGCAGGAUUCUUCUCAAAAGACGCAAUCAUUGAAGCCCUAAGUACCUCUUACCUUAACGCCUGAGCCCUAACCCUAACACUAAUUGCCACAUCAUUCACCGCAGUAUAUAGCUUCCGUCUGGUAUACUUCGUAAUCAUAGGGGCCCCACGAUUUCUUCCCCUGUGCCCAGUUAACGAAAAUAACCCACUAGUAAUCAACCCCCUUAAACGACUUGCCUGAGGAAGUAUCAUUGCAGGACUUAUUAUUACCCAAAACCUUCUACCAGUAAAAACACCAGUCAUAACAAUACCAACCGCCCUAAAAAUAGUAGCCCUCAUCGUAACAAUCGCAGGCCUACUAACAGCCAUAGAACUGACCAACAUGACAAGCAAACAAAUGAAAAUUACCCCAACAAUUCCCACACACCACUUCUCAAAUAUACUAGGAUUCUUCCCCAUAACUGUACACCGACUUAUUCCAAAACUCAAACUCACCUUAGGACAGGCAGCCGCCACCCAACUUGACAAAACAUGGCUUGAAGCGAUUGGACCAAAAGGCCUAGCACUAACACAAAAAAGCAUGGCAAAAACCACAAAUAAUAUUUCACGGGGAAUAAUCAAAACAUACCUGACCAUCUUCCUCCUAACCCUAACCCUAGCCACCAUCUUAGCCCUCCUUUAA